UGCUGUUGAGCUGUCGAGUCACCUCUGCCAGAUUGGAGGAAAACAAACUGCCUGGUAUAAUGCAAAAUAACGGGAGAUCCUGCAUAUCAAAUCAAAACCAGGGCGUGUAGAAACCUUGUUUAUAAAACCGGUCUAACUUUAUCAGCAGUCCUUCGCGAAAAUGAUGGAAGAAAUUGACCGGUUCCAAGUGCCUCCUGUCAACGGAGAGACGCAGCCUCUGGACCCUGCAGCAUCUUCCACCUCCGAGGCCGACUCUGAUACCAGGGAGGGAGAGACGGUGGCCAUGAACUACAAGCCUUCGCCCCUGCAAGUUCAAAUAGAGAAACAGAGGGAUCUGGCCAGGAAGGGAUCCGUGAAGAAUGGCACGGUGGGAAGUCCUGUGAACCAGCAGCCCAAGAAGAACGCCAGGACAAGACUGGUGGUUCCAAACAAAGGCUACUCGUCCUUAGACCAGAGUCCAGACGAGAAACCCCUGGUGGCCCUGGACACUGACAGUGACGACGACUUUGACAUGUCCAGAUACUCGUCAUCGGGAUACUCCUCAGCCGAGGUGAGAUGUCUGAGGGACCAGCAGAUCAACCAGGACCUGAACAUCCAGCUGCUGAAGGACGGCUACCGGCUGGACGAGAUCCCCGACGACGAGGACCUGGACCUCAUCCCUCCCAAGGCCGUGAACCCCACCUGCUACUGCUGCCAGUCGGCCCCGUCCACGGCCUGUCAGAUCCAGUAGCAAGCGCCACCCCCCCAGAAC